CAAGUUUUCACUCAAACAAUCAAAACCCCAUUACCUAGUCGAACCUACUUACGAAGCAAGACUACACAGUUUUCCAACACCCUCCAACCAGCCCACAAUGACCCCCCCAUGACCCCCAUAACCCCCGUACCAAUCAACGAAACCACCCUCCCCGAACAACUCUUCCUCGACUUCAGCAUCCACAAAAUCCUCCACAACGACACCAACGGCUUCCCAAUCACCGGACCCUGGAGCACCGAAUACGUCGCCUCAAUCCGCACCCACCGCUACGGCGACGCCGUCUGGGCGCGGUACCACAUCGCCGGAGACGUGGAUAGCAGUACCGGUCUCAUCGAGGGGACGAAUCAGACCGUGCUCGAGAUGAUCGAGGAAGAUGCGCUGGGGUAUAGGGCAGGCGAUCCGGAUCUGUACGCCGAGGCGCUGGAGUCUGUGUAUGGCGGACGAGUGAGUUGGAUGGGCAUUAGGAGGUGGUGGAGCUGUUGUUGUGGAUUGGAAGGUUGGAUGGUGGGGAGGUGUGGGAGAGGAUGAGGGAGGAGUAUCCGGAGGUGGAGUCUGGGUGUUGGUGUUGAUUCUCCUGGAUUUGUCCGAGACUUGGCUUUUGUUUAUAGAUGAUGGUUGUGAGUUGGAUUUGUUUGUUCCUGGCGAUAUGGGAGUUGGGGUACCGAUUCCGCCGCUUGUAUAUCCUGCGCAGUUAUGAUUAAAGGCGGAUUGAAGUAAGCCCUUAUGGAGUUUUAUAAAGCAGACCUUGAAUAGGA